AUGCUCGAGCUCCAGUUCCAGGAAAAUGUCAUCGAAGAAGACGAGGACGAAGCAGAAGCCCUGGAAUAUCGAGUUGGACGCCACCUCCGCCGCAGACUUCGCGCCAGGUCCGUCACCAACUUCGAGCUAACCAGCGAGCCUGCCCAGGACGUGCUGGUGACGGUGGAGCAGGGCGUGCUGAGCGGCAGCGUGGUGACGAGCGCGCUGGGCGCGCCGAACGCCGCCUCCAGGGGCGUCCCCUACGCCACGCCGCCGCUGGGCGAACUUCGCUUCCAGGUGCGAUUCCUCAGCACCGGGGACGAGGUGAUCCCCGGCAACGCAGGGCUGAAGGAUCAGCUGCUGGCCCUGCGCUGGCUCCAGCAGAACCUCGCGGCGUUCGGCGGUGACCCGGCGAAGGUGACCAUUGGCGGCGAGAGCGCUGAUGGCGCAUCUGUCUCCCACCACCUCAUAGCACCCAGCUCCGCAGGACUUUACCGGGCGACGACGAUAGAGAGCGGUGACUCAGUGCCCCCCUUCGGCGUGACGACCGUCGCGCGGCAGAAGGCGUUCCGCCUGGGAGAGGUCCUGGGAGUCUCGGCCAACGACUCCAGGCAACUGCUGGAGUUCCUGAGGACGCAGGACGCGCACGAACUCGCCGCACACGACCGGGAGCUGCUGCUCGACCUGGACGGACUGUCGGCCGUGGUGUGGGCGCCCGUGGUUGAGCCCGAUUUGGAGGGAGCCUUCAUCACAGAGAUGCCCGCCGACAACCUCAAGGCAGGGCGUUUCAGCAAGGUGCCGGAGCGGAUGAGUGAGGAUGUUGUUUCCACAGCUCCUUUCGGGCCUCCCCUGCUGGAGAACGAGGCCCUGCUGCAGCUGGUGAGCGACUACUUCGUGCCGCUGGUGUCCACCCUGCUGCACCUGCCCACGGGGGCCGCGCGCCUGCUGGCCUCCGUCCAGGUGCGGGACUUCUACUUCGGACACUCCAACAUCACGCUGGAGGACGCCCAGGCCAUCGUCGACAUGAUGAGCGACAUCUUCCUUGUGGAACCAGCGGACUCAGCUGUGUGGAUCAUCGCCAAUCAUUCUGAUUCUGCACCCGUGUACUACUACCAGUUCGACUACCGGGGACCUGAACUGGGCAACACAACAUAA